UGGGCCGGCGGCCCCUUGUCAGCCGCUGCCGCCGGCCCCGCCCCCGGGCACCAUGCUGCCCUCGCAGGAAGCCUCCAAGCUCUAUCAUGAGCACUACAUGCGGAACUCGCGGGCCAUCGGCGUGCUGUGGGCCAUCUUCACCAUCUGCUUCGCCAUCAUCAACGUGGUGGUCUUCAUCCAGCCCUACUGGGUAGGCGACAGCGUGAGCACUCCCAAGCCUGGCUACUUCGGCCUCUUCCACUACUGCGUGGGCAGCGGGCUAGCGGGCCGCGAGCUCACCUGCCGGGGCUCUUUCACCGACUUCAGCACCAUCCCGUCCAGCGCCUUCAAGGCGGCCGCCUUCUUCGUGUUGCUUUCCAUGGUGCUGAUUCUCGGCUGCAUCACCUGCUUCGCUCUUUUCUUCUUCUGCAACACCGCCACUGUCUACAAGAUCUGCGCCUGGAUGCAGCUCCUGGCAGCCCUGUGCCUCGUCUUGGGCUGCAUGAUCUUCCCUGAUGGCUGGGAUGCUGAGACCAUCCGGGACAUGUGCGGGGCCAAGACAGGGAAGUACUCCCUGGGGGACUGUUCGGUGCGCUGGGCGUACAUUCUGGCCAUCAUCGGCAUCCUCAACGCGCUCAUCCUGUCCUUCCUCGCCUUCGUGCUGGGCAACCGACAGACGGACCUGCUGCAGGAGGAACUCAAACAGGAGAACAAAGAUUUUGUGGGCACUACAGUAAGUUCCGUGCUGCGGCCAGGAGGUGAUGUCUCUGGUUGGGGAGUCCUACCAUGCCCUGUUGCGCACACACAGGGACCCUGAAAGCCGGGAUUCCAGCCCAGGAGUUGCUGACCUCAGCACAUCCCUUCUGCUGCCCUCUCAUUCCUGCGUUCAAGCUCCAGACCCAAAUCUCGAACUGGUUGCCCACGAACCUCCGGGCUCUGAAGAGAGGCAGGGGCUGGGCGGCAGCCUGGCAGAAGGCAGAGCCCUUGAGAUCCUAAGAGCCUGAUUCUGGCCCUGCCUCCAUUGGACCUAGCGGAGCCUGGGUCUCCCUCUCUGGUCCCGCGGUUUCCUUCUUUCCUGUGUAGACUAGCUGGAGGUCCCUGAGGGUCUCCAGGGAAAGGAGGCUCUGCAGCGCAAGCUCCUUGGACCCCUUCAGUCUGGAGGGCUGCCUGCCGUGUCCUUCCUGUCAGUCCUGAUCUCCUAAAGAGACUUACUCAAGACACUGCCCCAGGAGGGCCAGACUCUUUCCUACUUUAUUUUUAUUUGCUGAUGAUGGUCCCACCACAUCUGCCACAAAGCUCCAGGUGCCACCAGCCCCCCCAAUGGGGCCUCCUCUGCCUCCCUCAUUCAAGCCUGCACCCAGCUCUCAAAGGAAUCUGAGCCGUGCUGAGGGAGAAAGGAUAGGGUCUUCCUUCCUGCUGCUGGUAGUCCCUCUCAUCACCUCAGAGUCUGAGGGGGAGACACGGGCUCUGCAGGCUGUGGGAGGAGACAGCUAGUCACAGCAGCUGGAGCUCACCAAUGUCCCAGCCUGGGGCUGGCCUGGCCUCUUCCCUGCUGGGAUGUCUCACUGGUGACUGGGUCCUCAAGCCUGGCCUGUUUUGUACAGCAUAGACUUCAUGGGCCUAUUGUCAGGGUUGGCGGCUGUGGAGAGGGGGCACAGAGGCGGGGACUUAGGGGUCGCCCCUCUCCUUCUCAUGCCUCCUACACCCUGGGCGUCUGCCAAGGGCAGAGACUGUCGUGCGUCUUUGAUACUUUUCUGCCUAACUUGAACUUGCAGGUCACCUCUGAACAGGGUACUCUUGUCCCCACCCCAGGCCCUGUGACCCUGUCCCUGCCUCCUUCUCCUCUUUGCCCACUUCUCGCCUUGUGAUAAGCCCGGGGUCUGCAGCCUCAUGGGCAGUGCUUGGAGCUGAGGUAGGUGUGUGUGUGUGUGUGUGCAUGAGUGUGUGUGUGAGUGUGUGCGUGAGCGUGAGCGUGUGUGUGUGUGUGUGUGUGUGCAAGUGUAUAUGUGUAUGUGUGCAUAUGUGCGUGUGCGAGAGUGUGUGAGUGUGUGUGUGUGUGUGUGUGCCUGUGUUAGGGAAGGGCAAAUGAGAAGAUCUCUCUUCUUCUCCCUCUAUGGGGGGCUAUUUCCUCUCCCUUAGCAGAGAGAAAAUGAGGGAGAUUCCAGGUAGUUUUUUUGUUAUUGUUGUUGUUGUUGUUUUGUUUUUUAUUUGAGUAGUUUUUGGCCAUCCUUGGUUACCCUAUGGAUCUGGUGGCAGAGUCAUCUAACAUAGAGAAGCCCUCAGUCCCCAGUGGAGGGGCAGCAGACUAGCUUCAGCAACGUAAUGUCUCCUAGGGCACGGCCUGCUGCCUGGUCCUUGUGUGGAGGAACGUGUGCCUCCUCUAGGCUGUCCAGGAGGCUUUAUCCCUUCCCUGUGUUACAUAGACCUCGGCCAGAGUGGGAGGGAGGCCAGUCCGUUAGUUUGCUGUCCUUGUGUUCGUUUUCAUAGGACUUGGAGCUGAGUUAGGAUUCCAGAGCAAGGCCCACGCCCCAAGGCCGCCCCAGCAGGACCCUAACUGGACUCUCAUGCUGGUUCCUGGCAGGAUUCCUGACCCUUGGAACUUUCCAGAUCCCAUCUCCACAUUUUCUCCUCUCUCCUCCAGGGUAGACACCUCCUCCCAAGCUGUGGCCACUGCCCGGGUGUUUCCCCAACACUUGUCCCCACCUGGUCCUUUCCUGGAGCCAGAGUACUAGAGUCAUCUUCAGCAGGUAGCCAGGAGACUGGGAGUGGACAGGGAGGGUGGGGAAGCCAUGUCUGAAGGCGAAG